AUGCAUUCCUUUUCUUGGCCUUUCAAUUUUUUCUUUUUCCGGGUUAAUUUCUUCCUCAUUGUUCUUUCUUUCUUUCUUUCUUUCUUUCUUUCUUUCUUUCUUUUCAUUUUUUCUUUCUUAAUUUGCAUUUGUUUUUUUUUCUAUCCUUUUUUUCUUUCUUUCGUACGUUUCCUUUCAUUUCUUUCUUUCAUGUGUUUUAUUUUCAUUUCUUUCUUUUUUUCUUUUUUCUUUCCUUCUUUCUUUCUUCCGAAACUUAAUAUUCUUUUUUCUUUCAUUCUUUCUUUCCUUUUUCACAAUAUCAUUUUCUUUCUUUUUUCUUUUUAUAACAAUUCUUUUUUAAUUUCAUUCAAUUUCGCCGUGUUAAUACUCUUUCAUUUAUUAUUUGCUUCUUUCUUUCCUACUUCUUCCAUUUCUUCGUUCUCUGUUUUAACUGUUAAUAUCCUUUUCUCUUUUCUUUCUUUCUUUCUUUCUUUCUUUCUUUCUUUCUUUCUUUUCAAAUAUGCAUUCCUUGUCACUUGGCCCUUUCAAUCAUUUUCUUUUUCCGGAUUUCUUUUUUUUAAUUUCAUUCAAUUUGCCGUUUUUUCUUUCAUUUAUUUUCUUUUUUCUUUCCUACUUCUUCAUUUCUUCGUUUCUCUGUUUUUCUUUGUUAAUAUCCUUUUUCUUUUCUUUCUUUCUUUCUUUUUUUUUUUUCUUUCUUUCUUUUCAAAUAUAAUUCCUUGUCACUUUCAAUCAUUUUCUUUUUCCAGGGUUUUAAUUUUUUCUUUUCUUUGUUCUUUGUUUCUUUCUUUCUUUCUUUCUUUCUUUCUUUCUUUUCAUUUUUUCUUUCUUAAUUUGCAUUUUAUAACAAUUUUUUUUUUUAGUUUUCCAAUUUCGUGUUUUACUCUUUCAUUUAAUUUGCUUCUUUCUUUUCCUACUUCUGAAAUUUCUUGUUCUCUGUUUUUCUUUAAUAUUUUUUUCUCUUUUUUUUUUUCUUUUCUUUUUCUUUUUUCUGGAAUUUGUCACUUAUUUUUUAAUCAUUUUCUUUUUCCAGAUCAAUUCUUUUUAAUUUCAUUUCAAAAAAAAGCCUGUAGCAAUUUUAUUAUUUUGUUUCUUUCUUUUAUUCCAUUUCUUCGUUUCUGUUUUCUUUUGUUAAUAUCCUUUUCUCUUUCUUUUCUUUCUUUCUUUCUUUCUUUUUUUCUUUCUUUCUUUCUUUUUCAAAUAUGCAUUUUUAUUUCUUUCUUUUCUUCUUUUUCUUUUCUCUGUUUUAACUGUUUUUCCUUUCUUUUCUUUCUUUCUUUCUUUCUUUCUUUUCAAAUAUGCAUUCCUUGUCACUUGGCCCUUUCAAUCAUUUUCUUUUUCCGGGUUAAUUUCUUCCUCAUUGUUCUUUCUUUCUUUCUUUCUUUCUUUCUUUCUUUUCAUUUUUUCUUUCUUAAUUUCCAUUUGUUUUUUUUUCUAUCCUUUUUUCUUUCUUUCGUACGUUUCCUUUCAUUUCUUUCUUUCAUGUGUUUUAUUUUCAUUUCUUUCUUUUUUUCUUUUUUCUUUCCUUCCUAUUAUUUGCUUCUUUCUUUCCUACUUCUUCCAUUUCUUCGUUCUCUGUUUCAACUGUUAAUAUCCUUUUCUCUUUUCUUUCUUUUUUCAUUUCUUUUUCUUCAUUGCUAA